GCAAACAUUUCAAACACCCUUAAUUCACCUUUGUGCUACUUGUUUUGAAAUUCUUCAAGAAAAUGGGAAGAACUUGUUCUGAACUUCCUCCUGGUUUUAGGUUCCACCCAACUGAUGAAGAAUUAAUCAUGUGUUAUCUUCGAAACCAGGCUAACUCGAGGCCAUGCCCCGUUUCGAUUAUCCCAGCAGUUGAUAUUUACAAAUUUGACCCUUGGGAAUUGCCUGAAAAGACAGAAUUUGGAGAAAAUGAAUGGUACUUCUUUACCCAUCGAGAUAGGAAAUAUCCAAAUGGGAUGAGGCCAAAUAGAGCAGCUGUAUCUGGUUAUUGGAAAGCCACAGGAACUGAUAAAGCCAUUUAUAGUGGAUCAAGAAAUGUUGGAGUCAAGAAAGCCCUAGUGUUCUACAAGGGUAAACCCCCAAAAGGCAUCAAAACCGAUUGGAUUAUGCAUGAAUAUCGCUUGAAUGAAUCAAGAUCAUAUCCAACUCUCAAGCAAAAUGGUUCCAUGAGAUUGGAUGAUUGGGUGCUAUGCAGAAUCUACAAGAAGAAGAAUUUGGGAAGAGUAACUGCACAAAUUGCAGAGAAUCCUUUUACCAAAACUGUGACUUCUGCUAAUGAUGCCAGUACUGAACUACAAACCCUAAAAUUUCCAAGGCCUUCUUCUCUAACUCAUCUAUGGGAAUUUGAUUAUUUGGGAUCACUUUCCCAACUUUUCAGUGACAGUACUUCACAUAAUGAGACUUUCAGUAUUAACCAAGCCCCACUGAACAGUAAUGGAAGCACUAUAGAGAAAUAUCAGUUAGGGAAAGUGCAGCAGCCAACUUUUGAGAAUCCAGAACUGUACGAACUGCAGGGACAAACAUGGUCUUGAAAAAAUAAGAAAUGGAUGAUGAUCAAAAGUAGCAACUUUACGAAAAAGUGUUAAAAUCGUCAAUGUAUUAAGGAAAAUAUUGUCAAACCACGCUUUUAAUUUGCUCAAAUAGAGCUGUAGAGGUGUGAAUUGGGACAUAGUUUUAAAAUUAAAUGCUUUCAGGUUUGUGUAAUCAGAUUUUGAUAUUUUCUAUAAUAUAACAAAUUUCCCUUUGUCUCAAA